AUACAUCUUCUGACCACAAGGCCUCAUCCACCACACUUGGUAUAUCUAAUUGGAGAUCACAGAAGAAGAGGCUUUCUUUAAGGUUAGAUAUUAUGGCAGCCUUUCUUCAAGAGAUGCUAAUUGGAUUUCCAUUCUCUUCAGCAGCAUACCUGGGUGACAAAAUAUCACAACACAGAUACUUACCUGAUCCUGCUACCCAAUACAACACAUCUGCAACAAGCUCAAAACAAGGUGAAGUAGGUUCAGUUCUUAACAGGGUGAACAAGCUUGGGAGAAAAACCAACAGCUUUGCAACUGGACUCAGAGAACAUGUGAAACUUGGGCCAAGAAUAACUGAUACAGUAAAAGGAAAACUAAGCUUAGGAGCUAGAAUUCUUCAAGUUGGAGGAGUGGAAAAAGUGUUCAUGCAGCUAUUCAGUGUAAAAAAUGGAGAGAAACUGCUAAAAGCAUCUCAGUGUUACAUAUCAACCACAUCUGGUCCUCUAGCAGGACUGUUAUUCAUAUCCACUGAUAAAGUUGCCUUUUGCAGUGAGAGAUCAAUCAAAGCAUAUUCUUCCAAUGGUCAUUUGAUCAGAAUGCAUUACAAGGUUGUGAUCCCACUUGAAAAGAUAAGGUGUGUUAACCAAAGUCAUCAUGUGAAGAAGCCUUCACAAAAGUACAUAGAAAUAGUUACAGUGGACAACUUUGACUUCUGGUUUUUGGGUUUCUUAAAUUAUCAGAAAGCUUUCAAAUACCUGAGGCAGGCUAUCUCUCAAGCGAGAAAAUAGGAAGAGUAGAAUUUUUACUUUACUCUCUCUGAUAUUCUCAAAAGGCCAUUCACCAGUACAAACACAUUUUGUACAUAAUCAUGUUCACAAAAUCAAAGAAAAAUGUUUCUUCAAUUCUUCCCUUGUCUAUACAAGUAGAUUAUAUACGAUUUCGCAAGUUUC